AUGUGGGGCUACCUGGCUCUCCUUCCGGUUUUCCUGGCCCUCUGGGCUGUCGCUGGCAUCUGGACUGUUUUUGCCAUUGCCGUGGCCAACAAUUCUGUGAACCUCACCAAAGGCUUCCCCUACAUCAGCCUCUGCGGCACUUACCCACCUCAAAGCUGCAUCUUCAGCCAGGUGCUCAAUAUAGGGGCUGCACUAGCCGCCUGGGUCUGCAUCCUGCGAUACCACCAGCUCCGGGACUGGGGAGUCAAACGGUGGUUUAACCAGCUGAUCCUGUGGACGGGGCUUCUCAGUGCCUUGGGCACUUCGGUGGUCGGCAAUUUCCAGCAAAAGCACCAGCGGACCACCCACCUCACCGGAGCCUUCUUCGCCUUCUUCGUGGGCAUCUUCUAUUUCUGGCUGCAGCUUCUCCUGUUCUGGCGGAAGAAGAACCUGCCCCGCGUCGGGCCGCCCUGCAUCGGGCCGCUGCGCCUGUGUCUUUGCACCGUCUGCACCAUCCUCAUGGUGACCAUGGUCGUCCUCCAUUGCCACCGACUGCGGUCGGCCGCUGCAGCCUGCGAGUGGGCCGUGGCCAUGCUGCUGUUUGCGCUCUUUGGCCUCCUGGCCGUCGACUUCUCCUGCCUGGACAGAUGCACCUUGUGUCUUCAGGCGGCCCCUGGCCUCAGCCCCCCACCUCUGGCCGCCCCCGUCUCCCCGCACACCCAGCUGUCCCAGGCGCUCUGA